ACCGUAGAAGGCUGUCAGGGACUUUGCUUUAUUGCAACCUCUCCUCAUCUGCCAGAGUCCUUCUCUCUCUCUAUUGUCGGAUCACAUGAAUUUCCUACACAUGAGAUUGAAUCUUCUCCUGGCAUAAAAACUGGAGCGAGCAAGAAGUGCCAUAAAAAGCUGGGGAGGUGGUUGAGGGACUACUGCUUGGAACAGGGUGGCUAUGGCGGUCAAUGAAUGUAGCACACCACGGGUUACCUUUUUGACUCCAGAAAAGUCUGAAAAGCCUGAAAAGCCUGAAGAACAUGUGAAACCCAAAAAGCUUGGCAAACUCACUGUGAAAUAUAACCGGAAGGAGAUACAGCGCAGGCUUAACCUGGAAGAAUGGGUAGAUGCCAAGCUUCAGGAGCUGUACCAGAGUAAGGACACAUCAAGGGACAAACAAGUACAACCAGAUAUUGAUAUUGAUAAUCUUCUGGAUUUGUCAGCAGAAGAGCAGAAAUUAAAACUUCAGGUAAUCCUGAAAGAAUGCACCAAGCCUACAGGGGAGUUCAUAGCAGAGCUCAUGCAACGUCUGAAAGGUUUGAGGAAGAUAUCAGCCUUGCGGCACAAGUAAAUAACAUACGGAAAAGUGCUAAAACAGGAUACGCCACCUUUUGUUUACCAGUAAUUCUCACCUAAUGGUCAACCCAUUGCAACUGGGGCAAGGACACUAUAAAGUGAAUACACCCUGCAGCAGUUAUGUCUUAUAAAUAUCUCAGCCAAAAGAAGUCAUUUUGUCAGCUUAGCCUAAUGCACUUACAACUUACCCUAAGGUUGACAAGGCUUGUGUUAUAUGGCCAAAAGGAGAUGAACACCUGCUUGUCAAACAUCCUAUUCCUAGACCAAGGGUAUUAAUGUAGUUGUUCCCCCUUUUUGCUGUUCUAUAUUUCUGGGAGAGGUUUUUUGAAUAUUGCUGGUGGGAUUUUCUACCAUUCAGCCACAAAAGCAUUAAUCAGGUUGGGCACCAAUGUUGGGCUUACAGUCAGUGUUCCAUUUCAUCCCAUAUGUAUUCUACUGGGUUCAGGGAUUUGUGCCUGCCAGUCAUGUUCUUACCCUUUCAUCUCAGCAAAGUCAUUCUGUAUGAAUCUUACUUUGUGCAUAGGUGCAUUAUUUGACUGAUACAAGAAAAAGUAUUCCCUAAACUGGAAGUGGGAAGUAGGAAGUGAAUAGUUUUCAAGAAUGUUGUUGUUUUAUGGUUUUCUUUCAGUGGAACCAGAAACCCUAUCCUAACUAUGGAAAAUGCCCCAUCAUUGUUCCACCUCCACCAAACUUAACUGUUUGCAUUAAUCAAUGAGGAAGCUAGUUUUCUCCUUACUUCUGCCAAACCCAGAUUUUCCAUCAGCCUUUCAGAUGGAGAAAUGCUAUUUAUCACUCCAGAGGACAUGUUCCCAGAGUCCGCUAGUUGUAACGUUUACACAAUCAUGAUUCUUCCCAAUAU